AUGACUCGAUCAAGGCCGACGACCACCACCACCAUGGGGGGAUCAGUACCAGACCACCACCACCACCAGCACGACGGGGAGGUGGACGGCGGGCAGCUGCAGCACGGCGAGCACGUGGAGACGGUGAUGCCCGGGUUCCGUUUCCACCCGACGGAGGAGGAGCUGAUCGAGUUCUACCUCCGUCGCAAGGUGGACGGCAAGCGCUUCAACAUCGACCUCAUCGCCUCCGUCGAUCUCUACCGCUACGACCCAUGGGAUCUCCCCGCACUGGCGUCGAUCGGGGACAAGGAGUGGUUCUUCUACGUGCCUCGGGACCGCAAGUACCGGAACGGCGACCGGCCGAACCGGGUGACGCCGUCAGGGUACUGGAAGGCCACGGGGGCGGACAGGAUGGUGAAAGUCGUGGAGGGCAACCGCUCCAUCGGCCUCAAGAAGACGCUCGUCUUCUACGUGGGCAAGGCACCCAAAGGCCUUCGCAGCAGCUGGAUCAUGAACGAGUACCGCCUGCCACACGGUGAAACCGAACGGUACCAAAAGGAAAUUUCGCUCUGCCGGGUCUAUAAACGCCCAGGGAUUGACGACAACUUCCACCUCACUGGGACAACAACAAGAUCGUCUGGCUCCAGAGCGGCGGCAACGAGGCACAGUACAGCAGCACACCGGACGUCAGUGGCAACUCACCGCCAGCAGCCGCCAGUGUUUGUCGAGGGCGGCGGUCACCACUCAUCAUCUGCUCUCAAGGCGUACAACGCGCACACGACCCAAGGAACAAAUGCAGCCAGCACCAUGACAUCACUGUCGGCAGCAGGGGCGACGCCGCCGGCGAUGUUCCGGUCGGCGGCCUCUGUAGCCUCGCUGAGCUCCACGACCUCGACAGAGGAGGAUGGCACGUCGCUCUACCACCACCACCUCAAAGGACACAACAACCCAGCAGUAAUGCAACUGCAUUCUUCCACGCACGCCACGCUGCUCAACACCAAUUCCUCGGCAAUGGCGACCAUCCCGAUCGAGGAGCUGAGUCGGGCGAUUGGGUCCUACAGCCAAGCUUCAAACCCUAACCACCCCACGGCGCCACUGCAAGGCCCAUUGCUUAACUUCCCUAGCUUGGAGAAGAUCUGGGACUGGAACCCUCUCCUAGAAUCUCCAAAGGUUUGCACAAGCUUCAAGUAA